CGCCUGGGCGGCGUGGCGCUGGCCGCGGAGGCGAAGGCCGCCAAGAAGGCCAAGGCGGCGUGGGUGGGGCCGAAGAAGGGCGCCACGGUCAAGAUCCUGCGGCCCGAGUCUUACUGGUUUCAGGAGCGCGGAACCGUCGUGAAUGUGAACCAGAAGCCCGAGGUGAAGUACCCCGUCACCGUGAAGUUCGACUCGGUCAACUACGCCAACGUCAACACCAACGGCUACGCCCUGUGGGAGGUGGAGGAGGUCUGA